AUGAAAGUCCGAACAGAUCUCUGCUAUUUACUGGAUUCACAGAAGUUCGUAGUAGACCAAGAUCAAAACCUCCAGCAAUCCCCAAAGAUCACAGGACGGAAAAUAAACUCCUGUCAAAAAUUGCGUGCCCAAAAAUCUCUAUAUAAAACACCUGUUAAUAUAGUUGAGAUCAAGCAACAUUCAAUAAAAUCGCCAAUCCACGAUUAUGAUUAUGAUUGAAUUAAUAUUUAAAGCUUCUAAUCGUUGCAGAGCUAAAAAAACUUUUGGGCCAAACUACUGACGACACUAUUUCCAACCAAAUGAACUAUUCGCCAAAGGCUCAUACCAAAGCAAAUGCCACUUCAAGCCAAGCCAGCUGCCCAAGAAUGGCUUCCUUGCCUCAUCCUUUCCAUAUUCAGCUCCUGCACUUGAUCCACCUAAGGGUCACCUUCUUCAGGUGGGCUAAGUGGGAAGCCUUAAGCCUCUUCUUGCCUUCGGAGCAGAUCCUCCGGUCAUUUUUGGCUAAAGCUAAACCUCUAUUACUGUGUAAAAGUUCUCUAUGAAAAAUUAAACCAUGUAAAUAAAAUGCCAUGAGGAGAGAAAAUUAACAAAGCUAAUUCUCUUGAGCCGAAUUCCAUUUUAUUUAUAAAUCGCCAAUCCACACUUCUCCAAGAGAAAGAUCAAUCGCGACUUCAAAUAAGCCAUCUCCAAAGCCCACUGCAAGCACAGAAAGCAGUUCUAAAAGACUGAAUAGUCCUACGAAUUUUAAGCAAAUCAAAAAAAAUCAGUCUUCUCCUCAGCCAGUUAAAACAAUAAAAACACAGAAAAUAAAGGAUAAAAAGCCGCAGAUCAAAGCUGAACCAGAGACAAAGAAAACUGUGAUUAAUCCAAGCAAACUAAAAAAACUUAUAUGUCAGACUUUAAUUAAAACUCAGCAAGACAAAUUCCUGCUUCAACAAAAAGAAAUUGAAGAGAAAAAAAGCAUAGAAGAUAGAAAAGAAAAGCUAAAAGAAACAAAUAACAUUAUUAGAGAAAAAAAUGCCAAAAUUACUAAAAAAACUGGCCAACUCCACAAAGCAGCUUGAGGAGUUGACCAAAGACAGUUCGAAGAUAGAGACUUUGCAAGCAGAAACAGCAAUCUUGAUGCUGAACUCAGAGAAAGAAAAAGAGCUGAGCACCAAAAAAUGCUUGAAGAGGGCCGAGCAAGAAUUGGCCUUGAUUUAUACCCCAAAUUCAAAACAAAACGAAGAAAACUUAGCAGUGACUUAGACAAGCCAACCGAAAAAAGGCGAAGCCCAGAUCCUAAAGUCCAGCUCUGAAUGAAGUUAAAAAAGAAACAAAAAAGAAAUUCCUUGAUUCAAGAAAAAUUUAAAGAAAUUUUACAGGAAAGAGAUAGACAAAAAGCACUAGAAGAAUUAAUAAAAAAGCAAAAAGAGGAUGCACAAAAAGCGAAGAAGACGAAAAAACUAAAGCGAAAUUUGUCAAAUCCAAGUUUAAAUAGAAAGCUUAGUGAUGCUGAAGCAUUUUCGAAUUCUGAUAUUGAUGAAAAGCUGAGGGAUUUCAAACUGCAGAAAGAAAAUCUGAUGAAACGAUUUGAAGAAAUAAAAAAUGGAGGAUGAGAGGUAAAUUCAGAAGAGUCUAAGUCAGACUCAGAAAUAAUGGAAAAAGACGUGAAACCUUUGAAAGACCAAGAUUCGAUAGAAAAGGACAAAGAAUCUUUAAAAAAGACAUUGCAAAUGCUUAAUGAGCGUGUAAAAAAGACAAAGGCUUUAUUAGUAUCAGAUGAAUUGGACUCAGGAGGAGAAAGUGAUGAAAAUUCUCAAAAAUGGUUUGAUCCUUAUAAAAAAGACUCUAAUGAAAGCGAUGUAGAAUCAAACUCUUCACUAGAUGCAGAAUUUACUGAAAAUAUUUUAGCUCUCACUACCUUUAAGAGCAAACAGAAAAAUCUUGCUGUUUCCCUAAUUUCUUUUAAAAAAUAUCAUCAAAUAAUUAAAAAUUACUUUUAGAUUUUCAAUUUGAAUAUUGAAAGAAAAAUUUAAUAUAAUACGAAAGCAAGCUGCACUAAAUUUAAUAGAUUAGCUUGGAAUUUCGUUAUAACAAAUAUUAAUUAUAUAAUAUAAAAUUAUUUUAUAUCAAAAAUUUAUAAUAAAAAGUUUUUUCUUCUCUUCAAAGGGAUUAAGCAAUCUUUUCCACCCUGAGACUAUAAAAGAUGUCCCAAAUGUCCUCUAUUUGCUUUCUCCAAAUAUUCAAAGCAGUGAAGAAAAAUCAAAAAGUGGAGAAAGUCAAGAAAAUAAGCAUGAAAUUUGAAAAAAAAUUAAAGAAAGGCAAAAAGACCUGCUCAGCGAGAUUGAGAAUCAAGAAGAUUUUCCAAUGUCAAAUAGUAAGCUAUUUAACACAGAUUUAUUAUGAAAAUCUCUGAUAAGAUAUAAAAACAUGUCAAAACAUUUUGGUUUCUAUUUAAUAUAAGAAAAUAUAGCAUUGAAUCAAGCUUAAUAACCCCAAGCAUUGAUGAGGCAUCACCAAUUGAUUAUAAAUACACGGGAGAUUCCAUUAGUAAUAGAAUGAGUGACAUAGAAGAUGGGAUCAAAAUUUAUAAAGAAUUUGAUGAAAAUGUGAUGGAAAAUGGAGAAGCCAACAUUUUUAAGCUCUAUGAGAAUGAUAGAAAAAAUAAAGCAGAUGAGGUAGUUAGCAAAGCAGAAGCCAGAGAUUUUAUAGAAGACUCAGCUAAUUCAUCAAAAAAAUUAAAUUCCAGACUUGAUAUGCCAUUAGCAAAAGCCAAUAGUUAUGAAAUAAAUCAAGAAUCGGAAGAAGAAUGUGAGCAUAGUCCAAAUGAAGAAGAAUCAGAUAUUCUUUUUAAUCAAGACAGCAAUCAAAAUGCUUCUGGAGAAUUUGUUUUUACUGAAACAAAAGACUCUUCGCCUUAUCAAAAGCCAGAUGACUUAGCCAGCACAAAUGAAGCCAAAAAUGAGUUUAUAAAAAUUAUUGGUGGGCCAGUUGAGGAUCAAGAAAUUCCCAGUUAUGACGAUUCGUAUAUGAACGAGCCUAGUCAUAGUUUUUCAGGCUUAAAAAGUGUUGAUUCUACUGAAAGCUUUGAAGAAAGAAAUCAGCCAGUUAUUGAGUAUUUUUAUUAUGAGUAUGCUAACACUUUGAUACUUUAUGAAGAGCUUUACUGUUGGGUUUUGGGUGAAAAGCAUACCACAGAUUUGCUUUAUUUUGAGUGCUAUGAGUGUCAGUCUAACUUACCUCGCAUUAUGCCAAUAAUUGAUGAAGUAGAAAUUAUUGAAGAUCCGCAGCAGGGUUAUAUCUAUAUAACAGAAGAGCAGCCAACUGAUGUAGAUGGCAAAGACCAAGAUUAUGAAGAAUCGAAAACUAUGCAUGAUCCAUAUGUCAAUGAAAAUGUAAUUAAAACAAAAGUCAGCUUAGCAGACUUAAGAGAGCCUAGCCUUUUAGGUGAAAUUGAGCCUUGUCUUAGAAUUUCAGACAGACUGGAAAAUAAUCAUAUAGGAAAAGAAGCCUUUUUUGACCAAAUUCCAGACUUCAAAACAAUCCAAGAAAAGCAUCAUUUAUUAUCACUGGCAAUCGAUCACCCUAUAAACCCCAUCCCUCCCCAUCCCAUUCCCAAGCCUUUGAUCCAAGACCGUUUUCCACCCUUGACGGCCACUAUAAAAGAAAUAGAAUCUGCUGUUAACACAGUUAUUAGCUCUGAAAUUGAUUUAUAUCUUCAAAGUAUCCCUCAUCGCACCUUCCACCAUGAAGUCAACCCAAAUCUUGAAUUUAUUGAGCAAUACCUUGAAUCUAUGCUCUUUAAUUUAUUAUCUCGAGAAGAUGAAAUAUUAGACACAAUAAAUACUCCUAUUUAUACAGACCCUUUAAUAAAACUCGCCAUAAUUCAUAAUGCAGACCCAGGGUCUCUAUCUAAGUUUCCACGACUUGAUCUUAUAGUCCCAGAAGAUAUUGAGCCAAUAUUAUCGCUUGAACUAAAUCCCCAAGGCUACGUUUCUUUGCAAAUUUACCUGCAAAUGCUUGGAGACUGCGUCAAUGAAGCUUUAAAUCUGAUCAGGCCCUAUGGAAUGAAAGGUGUCCCAGACCCUUGAAGCAACCAUAAGCGAAUUUUAUUUGGUGAGUCGCAGCUGACCAAUGUGUAUGAAAAAGUAAAAGAUCAUCUUUAUAAGUGGGUGAAUACGAGAGGAGGAAUUUUCCCUCCAAUUCAUAUGGAUGAAAAAAGACUUGUCAUGAUGAGAGAAGAAAAAAUGAGCACGAUGCUUAUGUAUGAUGUUGAAGACGAAGAAAGUGACUGGGUGGAGUACGAAGAUGAAGAAACUCAGGCAAAACUAGAUGUGGCGGAUAUGAUUUUAGAAAGCCUUAUAGAUGAAACCUCACAAAUUUUAAAUUUAAUUAUGUAA